AUGGACGUGGAUAAUUUUGUGAUCAUUGACGAGGACGAGGGCUCAGUGGAAAUGGAGAUCCGUGCCAUGGCUAGCCGGCAAAAGAAUCUGGCGAAAAAUUUGAAAGGUGGUGUUUCGGACGAGAGUGGAGGCACGGUGGGAGUGGAUUCGAGACAGGGGCAUCAGGACCAGGGCGAUUUACGUAUGCAGCAGCGGGAUGGCAGUUUUCGUGUGCGCUCGGAAAAUAUUCCGGAGCAGCAGCGUUUUUCCGAAUUGUCUGCGCACAAGGCAUUGCUGGAAGAGAAGCGAGAAUCUUCGGAUCAAGUGGAAUCACGGAAUGUGGGUUGGAAAAGGCCCGAUACUGACGAAGUUAUGAGGGAAUUGAACAAUGGCGAAUUAUCAGUUAGUGAAGCAGCAGCAGCAGCAGCAGUGAUUUCAGAGUUACAGGACCGUGAAGUCUCUAAUGCAUCAGUGGAAAGUUGCGCCUCCACUAGCACGCCUAAAACACAAACGAAAUCGGCCAAAAGCACACGGAAAACGAGGCGUGAAGAAUGGCUGAAAUUACAUCCACUUGCAUCAAAAGAGUUUGGGCCUGGUAUAUAUGAAUUUAUGCGCAACGCCCGCGGCAAGCUCACCAACAUAGCGAUCAAGGAGCCCGGCCGAGAUUGUAUCAGGCUGUAUCGUCGUUCCUCCUUUCGCUACAACUACAAUUACUAUCGCUGUUCUCGAUGUGAUCGGUCAAUUAGCGCCAAAAAAGAUCAGUCUUCCAUCCGAGCGCCGGUUAUAAAAAUGGUGGGCAACGAGAUUGUGAGCGACCCAUACCCGGUACACUGUCCUAGCUGCAAGCCGUUGACGCUAUCAGAACUCCGCUCCAUACAAGUUGAUCGUGAAUACCGUCAAGAAGUCAUGGAAGCGAUGGAGUCUCCGUUUGAAGCCUGGUCUAAAGGUAAGCUAAGAGCUUUGCUGGAAGCAGCAAAAGUAAGAGCAAGAAGUCCAACAGAUGAAAUCUCGCCUGAAAGGAAAAGAAGGCAUGAACAUGUUUUGUUUCAGGCUUUUUUGGAGGGCAUGCCAUUAGCGAGUACGAGAAGUCGACAUGGAGUUGCUCCGAUUGAAUAUGGUGCUGAACCGGUUGAAUACUUUACGUUGCUGUUUUGUCUUGUUUUGCAUCUUCCGUCUCUUGCACGUCUCGUUUCAGUCAUGGCUGCGCCUACGUGCGCGUCCGAUACUAGCCGCCCAUUGGUGGAUGAUCGAGAUGACGAGCGCAUGACUGAACUUGAUUACGGCGAUUCUGGGGAUAGUGACGUUGGUACAGUUGCUGAUGAAGAUGUUGUUUUUGUUCGGGAAAAAAAAGCCGGGCCCCCUCAGUCCACUCCUUCCAGUAAGGAUUGGCGAGAUGAUCCCGCACGUUUUUCCAGCAUGUCCAGGAGUUCUGUUACUUCCGAACGAAAAGAAUUGAGUGAAGCAGAUGAACAACGAAUAAUUAGCGAAAGUGAGGUAAAACCACUUACAAUCAGGGAAGUUCACAUUAAACUUUAUCAGGUGACCCGUGACCGCUUGCUACGCCUGUUUAUAAAGUUAGUUUUAUUUUCUCUUGUUGAUCACAUAUUCCUGUUUCUUUUGACUGAAGCACUAGAGUGA